UCCCCUUUGCCAACUGUAUUCUUGGAAAAUGGGUCUUUGCAUUUGGUUUGUUUUCAGUGCAACAAUUGUGUUGGUUUCUGAGUGGCAUAAAAUUGUGCAUAUUCCUCUCUGGGUUGUGAAGGAAGCCCUGCCCUUUCCCUCGUCUCAGAGCAGCUGUCAUGGGGCUUCUUCCUGACCUUGGGACUGGUCUCAUAUUGGGGCUCCCCACCUGCUGUGCUUCUCCUCUGUUGCUGUGUCCUGCUCUGAAGGCUGUGCCAGGUGAGAUGUGCUUGCUGUUCUUUCUCCUUUCAGGUGAGCUCCUCUGGCCUGGUGUGCUGCUGCUGGGAAGAGAGAAGCUGGAGGCCUUCCCCUGUUCCAUCUGUGCCUUUGAAAGGACCUCACUGAGUGGAGUGCAUGACAGGCAGAGCAGAUUGAAGAAUGCUACUACACUCAGGAAAAUCACACUUUAAAAUCUGUCCAUUGGACUGAAGCAGAUAGGAUGGGUUGGAAGAAAUACUGCUCAACACUGAGAUCCACAGCCAAGAUUCCCAGACUGCUUUGGUGAAGAGCUCUGAAGCAGCACCACCUGGUAUUUUACUGCUGCCAGUUAUGAAUGCAGGUUUCAGGCAGUUCUGAAGUACUUGGAAAAUGAGUGUCCUUCUCAUUGAACCCUUUUAUGGUGGCUCCCACAAACAGCUGAUGGAUCUUCUCCAGGAAGAGCUACAAGAAGAUUGUGUCCUCUGCACACUCCCAGCCAAGAAGUGGCACUGGAAGGCACGGACUUCUGCUCUUUAUUUCAUGCAAACAGUGCCAACAAGUUCUAAAUACAGGAUCCUCUUUGCGAGCUCGGUGCUUAACCUGGCUGAACUCGCCGCCCUCCGCCCUGACCUUGGCAAAUUGAAAAAGGUCCUCUACUUCCAUGAGAACCAAUUGGCGUAUCCUGUCCAGAAAUGCCAGGAAAGGGAUUUUCAGUAUGGAUACAACCAAAUUCUUUCAUGUUUGGUCGCUGAUGUUGUGGUGUUCAACUCUGCUUUUAAUAUGGAAUCCUUUCUUAAAUCCAUUGGAAAAUUUAUGAAGCUGAUUCCUGACCACAGACCUAAGGAUUUGGAAAAAAUAAUCAGACCGAAGUGCCAAGUUCUUUAUUUUCCAGUCAGGUUUCCUGAUGUGAGCAGGUUCAUGCCAGAGCAUAAACUUGCCCGUUUGGACAAGGUAAUUGGUGUUAAAAGGAAUGGAGAUGCUUAUCAGUCGGAGGGGCUGCCUGGGCAGGAGGAGAGCAGAGCUGUAAUGAAAACCAGUGAUGCGCAUCUUGAGUCUGGACUUUGUGAGCCCCAGCCUGGGCUCUGCACCACACAGCACGAGGGGCUGCCCUCCCCAGCAGCAGCCCCAGUCCGGGCUGAAGCACCACAAAGUACAAAUCCUUGUCAAGGGGAAGAUAAGCAACGUCUGACUUUUAACCUCUCUAAUAUCUUGAGUGGACUGGACUAUCAGCAAAGACCUCUGCACAUUGCCUGGCCUCACAGGUGGGAACAUGACAAAGAUCCUGAAACUUUCUUUAAAGUCCUGAUGAAGCUGAAAGAGCAAGAUCUGACUUUCCAUGUGUCCGUGCUCGGAGAGACUUUUAGUGAAAUUCCAGAUAUCUUUUCAGAGGCCAGGGAGGUGUUGGGAUCGUCCGUCUUGCACUGGGGGUACUUGCCCAGCAAGGAUGACUAUUUCCGAGCUCUGUGCACAGCUGAUGUUGUCAUCUCCACAGCCAAACAUGAAUUCUUUGGCGUGGCAAUAACGUCACCUUGGUGGGUGGUCAUCAUCUUCCCUUGCACCAAAGCUGUACCUUCUUGACACCACACUUGAUGUUGGAUUCCUGCCCAAGCACCAAACUUCUGUUAUUGUUGAGUGUGAAGGAAAUCAGAAAUGCAGCAAUCAGCAAAAGACAAAGGCAGACCAACAGUUUGAUUCCAGCAGCCCAGUACAUUAUGGUUGCAUUCCAUGCGAGUUAAGUCACGAUGGUAAAAGCCUUGGCAGGAUUUUUUUUUUUCAAUAGUUUAUUCAUGUUGUUCAUUAUUAUGAGCUGUAAAGACUAUGAGAAUUUCAUUUUUUAAAUGUCUUAUGGAAUGUAUCACUUUCUUAGAUCUUGUAGACAUGCUGUGGAAACCAUAACAUAAAAUAUGAGUUACUUACAAUAACUAAUUUUAAUCCCAUCUGCUAAGUAUGACAACAUUAGCAUUUCCACUUAAUUAAAAACACCCUUAAAGCAGCAAUGUUUUAAUCACUCCAUUUUAUUUACUCUCCUCCGGUGUCACUUAUAAUUGUAACUUUUUAUUUUUUAAUAAUGAGGGAUUUUUUUUCUCUGUGCAUCACACAAAAAAGUGCUGUCGAUAAUUAGCAGUCUUCUGUUAUUACUAGACUCAGGUGUCACAACUGUGUCUCAUCCUCAUUACAGUAAAAAAUUUCACCUAUCAGAUUCAUUAUUGCUAGAUAAUGCGACUGAGAGCCUUAGCAGGCCCUCCAGAAAAGUAAUUCAGCCAAGCAAAAUUAUCAGCUAAUUAUAUUUAGAAUCAAAAGCCCAACAACUAUUUGCAGAUAAAUUGUAUGAAUUGAAGUGAAUAGACCUGAAUAUUAAGAUUCAUAGAUUUAGCAGAUGAUUUGUUAAUUGGAAUAAAAAGACCAUUUACUAGCCAUUUUAACAAUAGAUCAAUCGUAACUCUUAUUUAUUAUUUAACUAGCAGUGCUUAAGGAUUGAAAUGAAGAGUAAUUGUAUUAUUGUUAUGAUAUGAUACUUUUCUGGGAGAGGACAGAAAUGCAUGGAAAUUAAAGGAUUCCUUGAGCAUCCUCACACCAAAGUCUGUGUCAGUGUGAGCUCUGCCCAGUUUGAUUUGAUCUUUAGAUCUUGACAAAUGGAAGGUGUAGUAAGGUUUGUAGUAAAGCUUACUACUCAUAGUAGGGACUGGUCAGAAAAAUACACCCAAACUUUGGUGCAGAAAGGACUAUGCAAAUGAGAUCAUUUGCAAAUGAAAGAAUUCCAAAUUUUUAACUUUCAUCCAGCAAACCACGGAGGCAUUAAAUUCUGAUUUUACUAAUUCAUGAUCCUGGUAGAGGUUUUUUGAAAGGGGAAAUUUCAUACUCAAACGAUGACUCAGAUCCCAUCUUGGCCUGCAGUUUUGUUUUAGGGAGCUGUUCUUUUUUUUUUUUUUCCCAUGCAGACGAUAUGAUUAAAAAGCAAAUAUUUUAACAUAACUUAGUGAUCUGAGCUAUUACUGAAAUGUCCACAGUUUCACUCUUUUUUUUUUUCCUCCUAGAUUAAAGAAAACUUUAAAAAUCUAUUUGCUUUGACAUAUGACACAAUAUUUAAGAACUCAAAUCAUCAAUUAAAUCACACAUCAGAAACAUUUCCCUUUGGUAAAAAAUAUAGUGCUAGACGAUGUACACUUUGAAAUUGUUGUUAAUGUUUAAAAUGCAAUCUGAAGUGCAUAUGUUAUUUAAAAAAAAAAACAUAAAUUACAAAUUUUAAAAGUUUAUGAAAAAAAAAACAGCAGUCAUUUCUUUGCAAAAGCAUUUGCAGAGAAAUGUGUCUUUGGGGUUUGUGGAUAUGCAUAGUUUUCUAGCAUGAAAGCUGAAUAUGUUAUUCUUUAUUUUUUUUUUUUUCCUGUUUAAAAUUGAGUAGAUCUAAAGGAAACAGAGUCCUUUCGUGGUACCUGUAAUAAAGUACCAAACCUGAUAUUCACAUGGAGGUAGCAAAAGCCUCUGGGUUGUCACUGAAAAUAGAAAAGGUGAACGUUGACAAGAUUUCAGAUUUUUUUUUUUUAUUCUGGGGAAUGAGGGAAACUGAAGUUAAAAAUAAAGCCCUCGUAUGGUCAACAUGUUGGAGGAAAUUCAAAGCCUCUCAUAAAAUAAACAUAUUUUAAGAAGUGUUUUGAAUUUCACCGUGUAAUUUCUGGCCAACAGAAAUUACGGUUGUAUCUUUGGAGGGACGUUGUGUCAGAUCAGUGGUCAUUAUGUGAAACAAAUAAACUGCAACCUGGAUGCCUUUAACCCAUUCAGCUGUCAAAACCUGAACUCCAGGGGGGACAGCUCUGCUACUGGAAAACUUUGCGCCAAUUCCAAAAUAUUUGGGUUUGAUGUUUGGGAGAUAUGUGAAAUGUUCCUUGGGAGCAAAAAGCAAGUACAAAGCUUCGCGCGCUUUGGCAAAGGGAUUCCAUCAGCGGUUAUUAAAAAAUACAACAAUUUAUGUCCCGAAAAAUAAAGCAAAUUAUCCAAAGCAUGUGAAUAAGCUGAAAUAUCCCAGCCUGGAGCAUGCUGCAAGUGGUUCCUGGGUUAUAUUUAGCUGUAACCUUUGGAGUCUGGAAGUCUGAGGGGAAUAUCUGCUGUGCCAGGUGAGGGUGGUGUGCGUGUCUGCAACACACCCUGGUGCAGCCAACGUGCCCCUUGUUUUCCAGCAGCAUUAUUAAGCAAAGCCGUCCAUACUUCACCAUGUUGUUACAUGUGUCUGUCUGCUGAUUAUAAAAUGUGUUAAACAGUAUUUAAAAAACAAAAAAAUGCAGAGCUGCGCUUUGAUUUAUUCAGCGAACAAAACAUAUGCUCG